GUUAUAAUGGCUGACACGGCUAAGAAGGUUCAAGACUAUAAGGAUUCUUUAAAAGAUAAGGCAGAGAAAUUAAUAUUUAAGGGCUUUCCUGAGAAAAUAGUUAAACUUAAUGAACUUCUCGAAACACCAAACUUUAGCAAUAGAUCAUUGUCAGAUGUUCAUCAGGAAUUAAAUGUGCCUGUUCCGGAUGCAAUAGUUUUAAAUAAUUCAGAUGAACCAUCAGCUAAAAGACCACGCUUUGAAAACUGUAUACAAGCACAAGAAGGAAUUGCAGGAACAAAGGUUAUGGCACUUCCAUCAGGCCCUGUACCAUGUAAUAAACCAAUUAGUGAGCUGAUAUCAUUGGUGAAGCCUUAUAUAAGAGAAUUAGUAGAAGAUUCAAAUUUGUUGAAAAUGUGGAUAUCCUUCAUGAUUCCUAAAAUAGAAGAUGGUAACAACUUUGGAGUCUCAAUUCAAGAAGAUACAUUGGCAGAAAUCCAAUCUGUGGAGUCUGAAGCAGCAGCUUUCUUUGAUCAAAUAUCACGUUAUUUUAUCUCUAGGGGUAAAAUUGUAUCAAAAGUUGCAAAAUAUCCACAUAUUAAUGAUUAUCGAAGAGCUGUGCAGGAAUUGGAUGAAAAAGAAUAUCUUAGCCUGUGGCUAGUAAUGUGCGAGGUUAGAAAUAGAUAUUGUUCACUACAUGAUAUAGUAAUAAAGAAUCUGGAGAAAAUCAAGAAACCACGUUCAUCAAACACAGAGUCUUUAUAUUGAUUUAUAUUGUGUACUGAGUUACUUGUACAAAUUGGUUUAC